AUGAUUAAGGACUUGAUCUUCGAACGCAUCAGUAAAUGUCCCAAGCCUGAUGGUGUUCAGUAUACCUAUGGUACUGCAGGCUUCAGAAUGAAGGCGGACUUGUUGGAUUACGUCAAUUACACCGUAGGGAUCUUAGCCCUGUUGAGAUCCAAGUUCUUGCAAGGACAGGCUGUGGGAGUGAUGAUCACUGCUUCUCACAACCCUCCAGCGGACAAUGGUGUGAAAGUUGUAGAUCCAAUGGGCAACAUGUUGGAAGCAUCGUGGGAGAAGUACGCUACUGACUUGGCCAAUGCUGAUCACUCAAAAUUGGCGGAUGCCGUGGAGAAAUUGGUAAGAGAAUUGUCAAUCGAUUUGAAGAUUCCUGCUAAAGUCUUGAUCGCCAGAGACUCGCGUGAGUCUUCUCCUCGUUUGUCCGAUGCUACCAUUGCAGGUGUCGAGUCGAUUCCAGAGUCGUCUUUUCUUGACUUUGGUUUGUUCACAACGCCUCAAUUGCAUUAUGUCACACGUGCUACCAACGAUCCUUCGUUCGGUCAGGUUCUGGAGCAAGGAUAUUAUCAGAAAAUGGCAGACGCAUUUAAAGAGAUCUUCAGGCAUGGUGCGAAUGACAAGGUAGAGGUGACGGUUGACUCUGCAAAUGGUGUAGGUGCCCCAAAGGUGAGGGAUCUCUUUGAGAAAUACUUGAGCGACGAAAUUACUUAUUCGUUUGUCAACAGCGCUUACGAUAAGCCUGACUUGUUGAAUGUCGAGUGCGGUGCUGAUUUCGUCAAAACUAACCAGAGACUUCCAAAGAAUGUCACCCCAAAACCGGGUAAAUUGUACGCGUCUUUUGAUGGUGAUGCUGACAGAUUAAUUCACUACUACGAGACUGAGGAUGGGACUUUCAAAUUGUUGGAUGGUGACAAGAUUGCCACUCUUAUUGCCUUGUUCUUGCAAAGAUUGUUGUCUAAGGUGGACACUUCAAAGCUCCACUUGGAUAUUGCGGUGAUCCAAACGGCGUACGCCAAUGGAUCUGCAACUAAGUACGUGAGUGAUGUGUUGAAGUUACCGGUUCGUUGCACUCCUACUGGUGUAAAGCAUUUGCAUCAUGAAGCUGAAAAGUACGACAUUGGUGUUUACUUUGAGGCCAAUGGCCACGGUACUGUGAUUUUUUCAAGGGAAGCAGAGCUGAAAAUCUUUACCUAUGAAGCUAGCUCACCUGAGGAAUCGGAGGCCGUGAAGGUACUUCAGCAGUUCACCAAGUUGAUCAACCAAACGGUGGGUGAUGCCAUUUCUGAUUUGUUGACAGUGUUGGCUGUACUCCACUACUUGAAAUUGUCACCAGAGCAAUGGGACCAUGAGUAUACUGACUUGCCUAAUAAGUUGGUGAAGGUGAUUGUGCCUGACAGAACGUUGUUCAAGACUACAAACGCUGAAAGGACGUUGGUGGAACCCGCGGGCAUGCAAGAUAAGAUUGAUGAGAUAGUGUCUAAAUACGCAGACGGAAGAUCGUUUGUGAGAGCUUCGGGAACUGAAGAUGCUGUGAGAGUGUAUGCUGAAGCUGCCACCAAAGAGGAGGCCCAACAAUUGAGCGACGAGGUGUCAGCCUUACUAAAAUGA